AAAACCGCAGUAGUGUGAGGAGACCUCAAAGUGGCACAUGGUAGAGUGGGAGCAAUGGGAGGCGGUACAAGCAACCUAUGACAAAAUGGAACAACGCUGCAGUAGUGUGAGGAGACCUCAAAGAGUGGCACAUGGUAGAGUGGGAGCAAUGGGAGGCGGUACAGGGACCCAGGUCACACUGUGGCUUCAGCAGCAGCGUGACCAGGCGGUACGGUACGGGCCCAAUGGCCGAUUUAGGGGGCCUGGCGGCACCUAUGGGGAGGCCUUUAAUCUGCCAGGCAACCUAUGACAAAAUGGAAAAACGCAGGAGUGUGAGGAGACCUCAAACAUGGCACAUGGUAGAGUGGGAGCAAUGGGAGGCGGUACAGGUACCCAGGUCACACUGUGGGCCCAGC